CGGCUCCCGAGAAUUUGUGUCGCACAUCGCGCAGGCCAUCAACAUCCGCCCACGCCAAACCCGCCUGUAUCAGCGUCAGCAAUAAGGCACCAACCAUAAUCGUCCGCUACUCACCUCACUCAAAUAAGAGUCCUCGUCGCUCACUCGCAUCCACUCCGCCCUCGCUGACGCUCCUUCAACGUACAACAUGCGCGUAAUCCACGGUCCCGGAGGUCCUCUCCCAGCUAUCCCGGAUGACUUGACCAUCCCGCAGUUCAUGCUCGAUAUCGAGCACCCCAGCAGACCCAAGACGGACAAGAACCGACCAUGGAUGAUUGAGGAGGCCACAGGAAGGGAAGUGGGAGAAGAAGAGCUUCGAUCGCGCACGGACAGUCUGGCCAACGCGCUCAAGAUCCGCUGGAAUAUUGGGGACGAAGAUGUUGUCUGCGUAUUCAGCUCGAAUCAUGUCGACUAUCCAGUCAUAGUCUGGGCCGUUCACCGACUGGGUGCAAUCGUCAGCACCGCAAAUCCUUCCUAUACACACGACGAGCUCGUACACCAACUGAAAACCACCGGCACGAAACUCAUCUUCGCGCAUUCUACCGGCUUGGCAGUCGCAGAAGCGGCCGCUCGCACAGUCGGGCUCACACCAGAACGCAUCGUCCUGGUCGACAGCCUACCAAGCGGGAAGGCUUCGUACGCAGAUAUUCCGCAGCUUAUCCAACAGGGCUCAAAGACGCCGAAGAGCUACACUGAGCGGAAGCUCAAGCCCGGCGAAGGGAAGACCAAGAUCGCGUUCUUGAACUUCUCCAGCGGGACGACUGGGCUCCCAAAGGCUGUGAUGAUCCCGCACUACGCGCAGAUUGCAAAUAUCAUCCAGUGCACUGUCUGGGCUGAGACUGACACAAAGCCAUGGGAGGACAGGUCGUUCAGGCCUGGCCGUACGAUUUAUGCAGCGCUUCCACUAUAUCACGCAUAUGGCUUAGCAUUCAUCAUGCACUUUGGUUUCUUCCUUGGGAUGCCUCUGGUGAUAUCUCAGAAGUUCGUGUUCACCGACAUGCUCAAGAGCAUUGAACGCUAUCGCAUCACCACAUUGCCCGCUGUGCCCCCAAUGGCUGUGCUCUUCGUUAAGCACCCGGACGUGAAGAAAUACGAUCUCAGUUCCAUUAAGUCCUUCAUGGUCGGCGCCGCGCCCGUCUCGCCCGAGCUGCAAUCGGCCCUCGCGAACGUUUUCCCGCAAGCCACGAUCGGCCAGGGCUUCGGCAUGACGGAGACCUUCACGAUCGUUGCGCUCCAACGGCACGACCAGAAGGUCGGGACGCUCGGCAGCGCAGGUGUGCUCAUACCAGGCGUCGAAGCGCGUGUAGUUCGCCCGGACGGGACUGACUGCGCGCCCGACGAGCCCGGGCAGUUCGUCGUCAAGAUGCCCUCGCUGGCGCAGGGCUACCUGAAUAACGAGCAAGCCAACAAAGAGACGUUCGUGGAUGGCUGGCUGAACACCGGUGACGAAGUGAUCAUCAAUGACCAGGGAGAGUUGUUCGUCAUCGACCGCAUCAAGGAGCUCCUGAAAGUGCGGGGUUUCCAAGUCGCUCCUGCGGAACUCGAAGGCUUCCUCCUCGACCACCCCGACGUCUCGGACGUCUGCGUCGUCAGCCUGCUCGACGACUUCAACGGCGAUCUUCCGCUCGCGUUCGUCGUCCCCACCGCCAGCGCCAAGGAGCGCAUGGGCAAGGACCCCGCCGAGGCAGAGAAGAUCAAGGCAGCGAUCGUCAAGUACGUUGCAGAUGGGAAGAUCUACUACAAGCAGCUCACAGGCGGCGUCGAGUUCAUCGACGCGAUCCCGAGGAACCCCAGUGGGAAGUUGCUCAGACGGUUCCUGCGCGACAAGGCGAGGAGCACGCGCCAGAAGGCGAAGGUGUCUGGUGCCAAGGCUAAGCUAUGAUGUAGGAGAAUGUGCCAUCUACUCUUUACUGCGCUCGCUGUUGCGUACCUGGAUAUUUCUUUUCUACUAACUUAAUGGAUGGAUGCGCUCUACUAUAAUGGCGAGACUCUGACGUCAAGAGAUCAGAGGGCUAGGCAUCAUCACAAAAACGUACGUUCACACAGU